CAGGCGCUGGGCUAGACAGCCCCAUCCGGAGCUGGGUCCUCGCCGCCGCGCGCUGCGCUGCGCUCCGCUCUGCUCCUCCCCCCCUCCCCGCGUGCCGGAAGUGCAGGCGCCGCUCACUUCUGGCCGCGGCCGCUGCGCGCAGGAGACUUGGGCGCCCCUCCCCCCGCAGGAGUCUCAGCAGGCCCCCUCCCGGCGCCGCCAUGGCGGAGAAUGACGUGGAUAACGAGCUGCUGGAUUACGAGGAUGACGAGGUGGAGAACCAGGCGGGGGGCGACGGGGUGGACGUGCCCCCCAAGAAGGACGUCAAGGGCUCCUACGUCUCCAUCCACAGCUCUGGCUUCCGGGACUUUCUGCUGAAACCUGAGCUCCUCCGCGCCAUUGUCGACUGCGGCUUCGAGCACCCCUCGGAAGUGCAGCACGAGUGCAUCCCACAGGCCAUCCUGGGCAUGGACGUGCUGUGCCAGGCCAAGUCGGGCAUGGGCAAGACGGCCGUCUUCGUGCUGGCCACGCUGCAGCAGCUGGAGCCCGUCACGGGGCAGGUGUCUGUGCUGGUGAUGUGCCACACGCGGGAGCUGGCGUUCCAGAUCAGCAAGGAGUACGAGCGCUUCUCCAAGUACAUGCCCAGUGUCAAGGUGGCGGUGUUUUUCGGGGGCCUGUCCAUCAAGAAGGACGAGGAGGUGCUGAAGAAGAACUGCCCCCACAUCGUGGUGGGGACGCCAGGCCGGAUCCUGGCCCUGGCGCGCAACAAGAGCCUCAACCUCAAACACAUCAAGCAUUUCAUCCUGGACGAGUGCGACAAGAUGCUGGAGCAGCUCGAUAUGCGCCGGGACGUCCAGGAGAUCUUCCGCAUGACCCCGCACGAAAAGCAGGUCAUGAUGUUUAGCGCCACCCUGAGCAAGGAAAUCCGCCCUGUCUGCCGCAAAUUCAUGCAAGACCCCAUGGAGAUCUUCGUGGACGACGAGACCAAGCUGACGCUGCACGGCCUGCAGCAAUACUACGUCAAGCUGAAGGACAACGAGAAGAACCGCAAGCUCUUCGACUUGCUUGAUGUGCUGGAGUUCAACCAGGUAGCGCCCCGCGGACCCAGGCGUCCGGGGAGGGGCGGGGACCCAGGCGUCCUGGCGGUGCUGUCUCUCUCUCAUCCCCUCCCUCUGCCCCCCCAGGUGGUGAUCUUCGUCAAGUCGGUGCAGCGCUGCAUCGCGCUGGCCCAGCUGCUGGUGGAGCAGAACUUCCCGGCCAUCGCCAUCCACCGAGGCAUGCCCCAGGAGGAGAGGUUGUCCCGCUACCAGCAGUUCAAGGAUUUCCAGCGCCGGAUCCUGGUGGCCACCAACCUCUUCGGGCGGGGAAUGGACAUCGAGCGGGUCAACAUCGCCUUCAACUACGACAUGCCCGAGGACUCGGACACCUACCUGCACCGGGUGGCGCGCGCUGGGCGAUUCGGCACCAAGGGCCUGGCCAUCACCUUCGUGUCGGACGAGAACGACGCCAAGAUCCUGAACGACGUGCAGGAUCGCUUCGAGGUGAACAUCAGCGAACUGCCUGACGAGAUCGACAUCUCCUCCUACAUCGAACAGACCCGAUAAGGGGCAUCCUCGACACUCCUCGUCCCAUGUCGUCAUCCUUCUUUUGGUGGUUUUAACGCCUCCCCCCACC